AUGGAUUCUAAAUACAAGCUCAAGGUGCCGGAGCAAUAUGACCGCCUAAUCUCAGCCGAGCUCCCAGACAAGCACAAGUACCCGGAACUUUAUGCCAUGGUCGUCAAGCACAUGAUGCACGGCCCGUGUGGUGUUCUUAAGCCAAACAACGUAUGCAUGAAGGACGGGUUGUGUAAGAACCUAUACCUGAGGCCAUUCAAUAGUACCACCAUCCAAGGGAAGGAUUCUUAUCCUGUAUAUCAUCGACGGGAUAAUGGUCGCAACGCUCAUGUCCGAGGCUGUACUUCAUUCGAAGACAUGCAAACGGUUGACGUCGUCCUAUGUGAAACACUUCGGGAGGCUGCCGAAAAAAGGGGUCUUAUCGAGGCCGACAACGCACUCGACGAGUGCCUAACGGAGGCAGAGCAAUUCGCGAUGCCAUCGUCGCUCCGAAGGCUCUUCGCAACAAUAUUGGUAUUCUGCGAGCCCGGAGAUCCGCGCGGUCUCUGGGAUAGGCACCUUGAGGGAAUGUCAGAAGACUACAGACAGUACAUCACUAGCCCAAUCACGGUGGAGCAGAAGGGAGAUCAUCGAGGAGUCAGCAUCGCGGUCGACAUUGAGGACGCUUCUUUGGCGUCCUCCAUUAACCCUGAGCAGAGGUCUGCAUACGACGAGAUACUUGCGGCUGUUGACAGCGGCACUGGAGGAGUGUUUUUUGUCGACGGGCCAGGAGGCACCGGGAAGACAUUCCUAUACAGGGCCUUGCUCGCUAAGAUCAGAGGUGAGGAGAAGAUAGCAGUGGCUACGACAACAGCGGGUAUCGCUGCUUCAAUCAUGCCAGGAGGCAGUACCGCCCACUCAAGGUUCAAGAUACCCCUUAACAUAGUAGAUGGCGCGUCUUGCAACUUCACAAAACAGAGUGGGAUGGCCAAGCUGUUGAGGAUGGCUUCGCAUAUAAUAUGGGAUGAGGCCACAAUGACCAAGCAUCAGGCGAUCGAGGCACUGGACAAUAGCAUGCGCGACAUCAUGGGUCGACGAGACCGUCCGUUCGGGGGAAAGACCGUCGUGUUCGGCGGAGACUUCAGGCAGGUGCUUUCAGUUGUGAGGAAGGGCACACGGGGUCAAAUAAUUGACGCGAGUCUACGCAGUUCAUACCUAUCGGAGAAGAUGCGCCAUCUCAAGCUCGUGACAAACAUGAGGGCGCAUAGCGACCCAUGGUUUGCAGACUUCUUACUGCGUGUCGGCAAUGGCACUGAGGAGGCUGAUGGAGAAGGAAACAUACGGCUUCCAAAAGACGUGUGUGUGCCGUCUACUGACAAGGAGAGUGACAUAGAGAGGUUGAUAGACCAUGUGUUCCCAGAUUUGAACACCAGCAUGGCUAACCCGAACUAUAUUACUUCUAGAGCUAUCCUCACGACGAAGAAUGACAACGUCGACAAUAUAAACAUGCGAAUCAUAGAGCGUUUCAAUGGAGAGGAAAUUAUCUACCAUAGCUUCGACAGUGCGGAGGAUGAUCCACACGGUUACUACCCUCCCGAGUUCUUGAACACGCUUACCCCGAAUGGGCUGCCUCCGCACGUUCUCAAAUUGAAGAUCAACUGCCCUGUUAUACUGCUAAGGAACAUUGACCCGGCUAACGGAUUGUGUAACGGCACGAGGCUCAUAGUACGUGGACUCCAGAAAAUGCAAUUGAUGCUGAGAUCGUGCUAG